CGCUCGGGUCUCGGGCGAAUCAGUGCGCGUUUCCCUCUGCCAUUUGCGCGUCGGUACGCGGCAGCGGUGUUACCGGAAUCUCCGACGUGUGCUUACCGGUGCGUAGAAGACGCGUAACCGUCGUGUCGAUUGAGGUGUGCUUUUUACGGGUUCGGUGCUGUUUGUGCGUGGAUUUCUCGCGAUCGAAUCGAUCGAUAUGGCGGACACGGAGCCCAAGGAGACCAAAGUCACUACCCCUCAGAAGAAGGUGGUUGAAGAAAAAGUAACAGAAGAGGAAGUUGUCGAUGAAGACUCAAAAGCAUCUGAAAAUGGGGAUACAAAAGAAACCAAAGAGAAUGGCUCGAGUGAGGAGAAAGAAGAAGUUGAUGAAAAAGAAGCUGAAUCUACGGAAAACGGAGAUUCUACAGAUGCUCCUGCCGAUAGCUGUUGCAUAAAGAGGAAAUCAACAGCUGGAGUUGAUGCAGCAGAAGAUGCACAGGAUGGCGCGAGUCCCGAGAAAAAGUCGAGACUCGAGGAAAAGUGCGCCGAGGCCGAGAAUAACGGCGAUACAGAGGAGGCCACGGCCUAAUAUUCUCUUAUGUUUAUUAUUGACAGACAGACCUAAUCCAUAGACGCAAUUUUAACUACCGAGUGUGAAGCCAGGGCAGACCAUCUGUGCAUUUUCAGAUAAAGAAUGGCGAGCAUAUAAAAGCAAAAAAAUACAGAAAAAAGAACAUUUGACAUUUGCAUUAAAGACUUUCUGUGUUCAGGAUGCUUGUGUGUCUCCCAUAGUAUUUCUUAUAAUAAAUUGGCAACAUUAAAACGAGACCGAUAUUUAUAAAGAAAUUAUGGUUACGUGUGAUUAAUAUAAAACUUAAGCAAACCGUGUUCUCUCUGUACUGGCAUCCACUGCAUACAUAUUAUAUAUUCACUUAGCAUUAGAAUCUUAAAGUAAGAAAAUAUACCGAUAAUGUUUAGAAAUAAUAUAUUUCUAAUUCUUCAAGAGAGACAAACGAUAGUGCGGUGUCUGGAAAAUGGGUACAUUGUGCAACAUAAUAUUUCCACCUACUGCUAGUCCUCAUUGUUUCCGACGCACAGAUACAUAUUGUAGUUUAUACAUAUAGACACACACACCUUGAACUAUACAUUGGAGAUAGAAUACGGAUAUUUUUCUGCAAAUCAAAAUACAUUCCCGAAAAUAGAUUA